AUGCCGCAUUUGUCACAAACUCAAGUGGAGAUGGCAGAGCGCGACCUUUACGCUUACCGUAAGUCGCGAUUCGUCCGAGCCGCUCGUGUUGACCUCUCACACCUUUGUUUCGACCCGACCUUCAGUAGGCAAAUGGACGACGGUGAAAACAUUCAUCGACUUGGAAAAAUCAUGGAAAUACAAGGUUUCCUACGACUGAGACAGGAAAACCAUGUGCCAGUCAUAGUCAGUGCGUUUGACUGGGAACAUCGGAUGAGAUUGCGAGACGAAGCAGAAUCGCUUCCUUGGUUGGAAGUGGAUGAAAACUAUCGCCUCAGGGCGGAAGACCAUCAGAGCCUUAUUGAUGUCGCCCACCGGAAGCUGGGACCGGGAAAUCAAUGGUGGGUUAUUGAUAUCUACGUGACAGCUGGUGCUGAGAAUGAUGAAGACAGUGAGGAAGGUCGUGCUGAAGGAACCAGCCACCAAAAUGCCGAUGUCGGGGUUCUUCACAGUGAAUUUGUUCGCUCUCUUCAAGAAAGCUAUCGGAAUGAUCGUCGCCCCCCGGACGGCUUGAUUUAUCAAAAGAUUCGCUAUUAUCAGGGCUUUCUCAGUGGACCCCGGAACAAAAUCGCGGAAAAUCAAUGGUGGGCAGCUCUCGAAAAUGUUCCACGCGCAAAGAAGAGAGGGUAUCUGCGGGCAUUCUUCAGACAUCCAGGCUUUACCCAGGCCUUUGAUGCACUUCUCCCAGUAGAAGGCAUCUGGGCCGACAUGAGUAUCGGCGUGUUACAUAAGUUGAAGGCAAUGCGGUGUGACGAGCCGAUUUUAUGUUACUUGCAACUCAUUCGACGGACAUUCCACGAUCUGAUUGGAGGAAGCGACUUACUGCCUCAAGUAGAUGCGACUACUGUCCGUAUGCUGACGUCGCGUGCGCCAAAGGUCUCCGAACAAGAUCUGAAAUUCUUGGACCGUGAAAUGAAAAAAGGCGACCUGUUCCGAAAGAUCCAAGAUCCGCAGCAGCGCAACGAUAUCUGGGAGCGGCUAAAAAACAUCGAGUACCCUAUCCCAACUCUUAAAACAUUUUUUAAAGAUAUUCAUUAUCUGGAGGUUGGCCGAAGCGUAAUGCAAAACCUUUUUGUCCCUGACCCCGAGCAUAAGGUCACUAUCGACAUAGGCGUGGGCGGACAAUAUGAUACCGUCGUUCCUAUGAGUAUUCCAUUUAGGCAGCACAUGAUUCGCCAUGACCUUUACGAUCUGUGGCGCUUUAGCCUUCAGUACGGAUUCGAAAUGACUGACCAUCAGCGUCGCGUACCACGCAAGAAGGUUGAAAUCCAGGACGAGCCGAGACCACCUCGUCAAUCAACCCACUUGGAUCGGUCGGUUCUUUGGCAGCAUUUCUAUUGGCUGGCCAGACGUCAUGGAUUCAGUGUGCCGUUUACUGAUGGCACCCAAUCGGAACCAGUCAACCUUCCCUAUCAGGCGCCUUGUGACUAUCCAGAGGGCAGCGAGGAUGACUUGGCAUUGAGUCGACGAUACGGAAAGCCCUUUACGGACUCAACAGAUGCGGAUCGGUUCGCCCUCUCCCGGGAAUCUCUAGGACAGCCUUGGGAGAUCCGACGGGUGACGGCAGGAUUUGUGCGGCGAUCGGUGUUCCGGGCAUUUUUCCGCUAUCUCAGCUCUGGAAGCCCUGACAGCCCACCUCUUGCACCUAGCGAUGAUUUCCCUGGGCCAGAGAAUGUUCCUAGCGAAGUUAUUUUGGAAGAAAUGGAUAUCCAACCAGAUGAAACGAUCUCACACACCACAUUCCCCCAUGGAGAUAACGCAGAUUCUGCUGGCCCUGCCCCCUCCACCCAUCAGCUUGAUCCGUCAUCUGUCUCGCAAACGACUCUACUAGACAACCAAAUGCCGAUGUACUUCGCGAUGCGCCUUUUUUUGCCCACCCAGCCUAGGCAAGAUUUAACGCUACCCAAUAGUCACCCCGUAUUGAACCAGUUUUUUAAGGGAUUAGAGGACCAUAAUUUUCACAUAUCUAAUCCAAAUGACCCGAACGAGUAUGGACGCGGGUACCCGUGGGAAGACUGUUAUCAGUGGUACGUUGAGCACCCAUCUUCUGCGCUGGAGGCUACUUUCAUUGGGGUUUCCUGUGAACGGUAUGGCCUGCCUAUAGACAAUUCUCGGAAGAAAAGGAAACGUACGGACGGGCAGGCUGAUCUGGAGAAUGCAAGAAGAUGGCUGAGAGAGAAUUGGCUACGUUGGGGGAUCAGAGUCAAUAACUCCUGGGAUCUUGACCAGUAA